AUGUCGGAUCUAGUCCGCAAGCUCAUCGCCCUGGUGCCCGGCACCACGUACUCGGCCACACGUAGAUGCAUGAAGCUGUACGCAACACGAAACGACACGGCCCACGGUCAUAUCGGGGAACUCGCGCGGACUCGGAAAUUUUUGGCCCUUGCGGUCAAACUUAAAGAGGACCUCGCCGCGCUCCAGUGCGAGAGAAACAUCACCGAGGAGGAGAGGGCCGCGACAAAGGCGGCGAUCUGGUACAACGUGGACCUGUACUUUGAAGAGCUCGAGUACGACGAGCUCACCUGCCAGAUCACGCUAUAUGUCCCCUGGCCGCAGGAGUCGGCUGGAAAGUUCAUCAGGACGGCAAAAAGACUUUCGUCACGUGCCGUUGUGGAAGAGAAUGGAAGUAGUGAGGAGGAUGAAGAGAGCGAGGAGAGCGAGGAUGAGGACAUAGUCAUAGUGCACAGUGUUUCUCCAGAUAAAUGAGAGCCUGAGGGUCCUCCUAAGGACGAGCCUAGGGCAGAGUGAUACAGGAAGGCGGCGAGGGAAAAAAAGCGAAUAGACAUCGCUAAACAACGACUAAUGAAUAGGAACAACUGAUGUAAGGUCAGCGUAGGGCGCCUUCAUUUCUUGGUUUGGGUAUGCGGGCUUAAGCUGGCGC